CGGUGGGCGCUGGACCCCGGGCGCCCGCGCUGUCGGGGGGACCCGGGCCGGCCGCGGGUGCGCGCGGGGGCGGCGGCGCCGGAGCCCAACUUGGCCUCGGCCUCGCCCUGGGCCCAGCCCGCCGCUGUCCCCUCCUUCCCGCGAUUCCGUGGCUCCGCGCUGCCCCCCCCCGCACCCCCUCCCGCGUCCAGCCCCGUGCUCCCCACCUUGGAAAACAAAGCCGGGGAAAAUGCCCGGAGCUGCAGCUCGGAGCUCGCAGCCCGACUCGGCAUAAGAAUGGCGGCACCAGAUUUGCUGGAUCCUAAAUCUGCAGCUCAGAACUCCAAACCAAGGCUCUCAUUUUCCACAAAACCCACAGUGCUUGCUUCCCGGGUGGAGAGUGACACAGCCAUUAAUGUGAUGAAAUGGAAGACGGUCUCCACGAUUUUUCUGGUGGUGGUCCUCUACCUGAUCAUCGGCGCCACGGUGUUCAAAGCCCUGGAGCAGCCUCAUGAGAGUUCACAGAGGACGACCAUCGUGAUCCAGAAACAGACCUUUAUUUCCCAACAUGCCUGCGUCAACUCAACAGAACUGGAUGAGCUUAUCCAGCAAAUAGUGGCAGCAAUAAAUGCAGGGAUUAUCCCUUUAGGAAACACCUCCAAUCAAAUCAGUCACUGGGACUUGGGAAGUUCCUUCUUCUUUGCUGGCACUGUUAUCACAACCAUAGGAUUUGGAAAUAUCUCACCACGCACUGAAGGGGGGAAGAUAUUCUGCAUCAUCUAUGCCUUACUGGGAAUCCCCCUUUUUGGUUUUUUGUUGGCUGGAGUUGGAGAUCAACUUGGGACCAUAUUUGGGAAAGGAAUCGCCAAAGUGGAGGACACGUUUAUUAAAUGGAAUGUUAGUCAGACCAAGAUCCGCAUCAUCUCAACCAUCAUAUUUAUCCUUUUUGGCUGUGUGCUGUUUGUGGCACUGCCUGCCAUCAUAUUCAAGCAUAUAGAAGGUUGGAGUGCCCUGGAUGCCAUCUAUUUUGUGGUUAUUACCUUGACCACCAUCGGAUUUGGUGAUUAUGUUGCAGGAGGCUCAGACAUUGAGUACCUAGACUUCUACAAGCCCGUAGUGUGGUUCUGGAUUCUCGUCGGCCUGGCUUACUUUGCUGCUGUGCUGAGUAUGAUUGGAGACUGGCUGCGAGUGAUCUCUAAAAAGACCAAGGAGGAGGUGGGGGAGUUCCGAGCCCAUGCUGCCGAGUGGACGGCCAAUGUCACCGCUGAGUUCAAGGAGACCAGGCGGCGGCUGAGCGUGGAGAUCUACGACAAGUUCCAGCGGGCCACGUCCAUCAAGCGCAAGCUCUCCGCCGAGCUGGCAGGCAGCCACACCCAGGAGCUGACGCCCUGCCGCAGGACCCUGUCAGUGAAUCACCUGGCCAGUGAGCGGGACGCACUGCCGCCCCUCCUCAAGGCCGAGAGCAUCUACCUGAACGGACUGACCCCACACCGUGCCACCGACGACAUUGCUGUGAUCGAGAACUUUAAAUAGUCAGUGCUCCAGAGACUGGGGGGUGGGGAGGAGCAGUAGGCGAGGACUCCUUGCUCUUUCUGACUUGCUGGUAGUGUGUUUUUAAAGCAAACAAAACUUGUGCAUGAGCUCCAAAUGGGGGGAUGAUGUAGAGCCGCCCCCCUCCCCUGUCAUCUGCCAUGGAGAGCACCUGGGAUCCUGAGCCAGCACUCUCUGACCACGCUUGUCGGGACAGCCGCUUGCUUUGACAAGUGCCGUCUCGCGAGCUUGUCUGCUGCCUUUCUGUGCCCAGACUGUUGUUCCCGCUCUGCCCUCUGGUCCCCAUGUGCCAUCAGGCCUCUGAGUGGAAUUCUGUUUGUUUCCCAUGAGAAGGUAGCUUUGACAGACCAGUCCUUCCACUUUUCAGGGUCUACCUACCUGAGCCUAGAUGUGGUCCUUUCAUAACUGACGGCAUUUCUCUUUGUAAGUGGCAGGCAAUUCUUAUGCAGCCUUUGACCUAAGAAAUUUUCUGUCAGUGCCUUAUCUUUGGAAGAAUCCGAGCCUCUCUAGCUAAUGCUUGGUCUCUCUUUCUCUGCCCUGUCCCUAGGCUUGUCUCUGCAGACUCCCCUCCCUGACAUCCCACCCUUAGUCCUACACACACACACACACACACACACACACACACACACACACACACCCUAUGCUCCCUUUAAAAUCCUACCCCUUGAUGGGAACAGUUUAUAAAAGGACAGAAAUGAGUGAGGGGGUCGGAGAGGGCAUAGAGGCCAACUUAGAGGGACCUUGAAACAACACUCAGAAAUCUAGCGUCAAAGGCGCUGCGGAGAAGUGAGAAGAGAAGGCCUCCCAUGCCCCCUGGAUAGCGUGGUGACUCUGGCACCAAGGGACAGAGUGGGGCUCAUACUUGAUUAUUUUUUUGGUUUUGUUUUUGGGUCACACCUGGCUGUGCUCAGGGGCUCCUUCUGGCUCUCCAGAAGGAAUUAUUCCUGGUGGCCCCCAGGGGAACAUAUGGGAUGUGGGGUGUUGAACGUGGGUUGGCCACAUGCAAGCACCCUGACUGCUGGUCUAUAGCUCUGGUCCUGGGUGGGGGGGGGGGGGGUCGCUCUGGUCCUGAACGGGUAGCCACUCUGACUGCUCCAAAGCCAGCCCUUUCCUUCCUGGGAGUAUUUGCCACUUUUCAUUGAUUACUAAUUAUUCAUUUUAAAGGCAGGAAAAGACCUCCUUCUGUCUAAAUGAUGUGAUAUAAGAAACAGUUGAAAAUGGCUAUAGGCAGGUAACUUACGGUCAUUGGUGUAACGCAGCUCAUAAAAAGAUAGCACAGAGGGAGUGUGGACUGAGAAACUGCCAGGGUGGCCUCCCUUUGCUUUCUGGUCAAGGAGAGCCUUUUUUGACUCUCUUUGGGUGACAAGGACAAGGAAAGAUGGUACAUCAGGGGACAAAGAGGGGCAUAUGGGCCCAGCCUGUGAUGAGGAAGCCCAGAUUCAUGAGUGUGAGAGAGUUGAAACUGACCUUCUUUGGGUGACAGGACCAGGAGAGAUGGUACAUUGGGGAAGGGGUUAAGGACCCAGCGUCCAUGGGGGAGCCUCCAGAUUUGAGUGUGAGAGAGUUGAAACAGGGACCACUGUGAUUUUGCACAUGGGAAAAUGAAGAUUGUGGGCAUAAUUCGUCUCUGAUGUUUGAGAAGAAGCUGUUAGAGCACAAUUUAAACCUCGAGAGCUCUUCCUUUUCUUUUCUUUUUAAGAUAGACAAGGCCGGUAAUUCUUUUGAGUUUAAUUUUAUAUCCUGUAAUUCUUUGGAAGUUUCCAGGAUCAGGAAAAAUACAGUGAAGGGACCAGUAGAUUGACUCCUCAUUCCUUUAUUUUCAUAUGCGAUCUGCUGUAUAUUGUAUAUAUAAUUUUUAAAAUACAGAAAGAAGAUGAUUUCCCUAACUAUAAUUACAGAACUUAUUUCUUGUACUCUGGGGGAGGUUGGGCCGGGGGUAUUUGAAUAAAUGGGAUUCAGAUUCGGGUCUUAAAAAUAAACCCAGGAUCAUAAAAGACAAAACAAAACAAAAACUUCAUAGAUGCCUAUUUUCCAAGAUUUAAGCUAGAAAUGUAAAUAUCCACUUAACUUGUUGAAGGUACUUUUUAUAAACUUACAAAAAAUUCUAACCAAAAUUUUAGAAAGUCAGGUUCUUUUAGAAAGAAAGCUACACCAUUUUCUCAGUAACUGUUCUGCAAGUUCUUAUGGUGGAAUGCACCAUGUAUAAACUGUGAAUUGUAUUGACAAAUAAAGUUUGUAAUUAAAGUCAGCGGUUUUCAAGUUGCCUGCUUUGGCUGAGCAUUUGGAUAUGCUUCUAGUUGAGUAGAACUCCAGGAGGUGGCUUUUAUGUGGAGAUUUUUGUGGCACCUUCAUUUGCAGUAUUUCCAAAAUAUUUUUUUUCUUUCUGGGUCACACCCGGCGAUGCUCAGGGGUUUCUCCUAGCUCUGCACUCAGGAAUUACUCCUGGCGGUGCUCAGGGGACCAUAUGGAAUGCUGGGAAUCGAACCCGGGUUGGCCAUGUGCAAGGCAAAUGCCCUACUUGCUGUGCUAUCACUCCAGCCCCAUUCCCAAAAUAUUUUAAAUAAUUAUUACUUCCUCAUUAAAUACUUCCAAAAUGAUCUUGGUGGCAUUUGUGCAAAAUCAAACAUUCUGAAAUUUUAUUUUUAAAAUAGGAUAUUUUAAAUUGGUAUAAAUUCAAGGUGUUGCCAUUAAAUUAUGGUAUCUCAUUUUAUUAUGGUUGGACAUAACUUCGUUUAACACUAAAGUGAAUGCUGAACACAAGCACCAAAAUGCCUUUAAAGAAAAAGACCAAUGUCCCAAAAGUGCUGAAGCCUGAACAAGUCAUCACUAAAAAUCUCCUACAACUCCGACUUUAAAUCUUUGGCCAGUAUCUCCAGCAAAUGGACUUGUUCAUUUCUAAACACUUUGAUGCUCAAUAAAUAUCCUAAAACUGGACUUCUAGGUCACCUUUAGGGAGAGACAUGUUUCAGAGCAGUACAAUGUCCUCAGGCUUCCUCCAUUUACUUCUUGUGGAGAGAACAUGGGUCAAGAUUUUGCUGUAAUUUCGAUUUUUUGGUGAGUUUGUUUUCUCACUCUCUGACAUGGUCUGAGAAUACUUUGGCCUCAAAGGAUCUUUGAGGGGAAGAAAAGUGAAGUGCCGGGCCCAAAGUCUCAUAGAUUCUCAGCUGUGAAAUCUAAGCACUCUCAGCUUCUUCUUUCUCUGAAAGUGAUGACUGUAGAGGCUCUUCAUUUCCUGUAUAAUCUGUACACACUGCUCCAGAUUCAUGUCACUUCUCUGUGUCUUCUGUUGUCUGUCUGUCUCUCUGUCUGUAUCUUGGUCAUCUAUAAAUGAGGAAGUAGUAUGAUAAAAUUUGUUUCUUUCUCAAAUUCGAAGGAAUAUGUGACAUAUGAGAGCCCAGAUCCCAUCUUAUUCAAUGUUAGAAAUAAAUGGAAUUAAUUGAUCUUUGAAGCUAGAAUUCCUACAAACUAAGCUGAGUUUAGAUGGAAUCCCCCCAAAAUUUAUUAGUUGCUUGGAAGAACUUGAGAUAAUUAUGUAUGCCUAAUAACUGGUGGUCUAAACCAAUGUUUUAUUUUCCUUUUUUCUUAUGAAACAUGCUUGUUCUAAUAAAAUAAUAAUUUAUUCGUGGCUUGCA